AUGUCCAACUCGUCAUAUUCUACUACCGCUACCAGCUGUAGUGGUUUCGACAGUCCUCUGUGUAUACCUCGGCCUAAAGGGUGUCUGUGUUGGGAAGACCUUCCUCAAGACGUGAUCGAUGAGAUCGUCUUGGUGUAUGCCCUCGACACCCCUCUUGAGCUCAUGGCCCUCGCGUUGGUCAAUAGAGCCAUGCUUCAACGAAUACGACUUCUACUACACCGAAUGGUUACCACGCCUGACGAUAUCUCUAAGACGACCGACGCCUCGGAAUUCUUCAUGUCGAGGUUUAGUCGGUAUAUGGAAGCUCUCGCUCAGCUGCCGUCGGUGCAUCUUAUGCGCCCUGCGACUAUUCGAACUCCUGAGGCACGUGAGAUCGCUUUGUGCAGCCAAGAUCCUGAUGAAGCUGUUGGUGGUGAUCGUAUUCGAAGUGUCUCUGUUGGUCUAAACAAUGGCUUACCUAAUACGAUGGUCUUCUACUGUGCGGUAUGUCAUACGCCUGUUCUUGUGAACUGUGCUAUUCUAAGCGACAAUUAUCACGGUGGAAGAGGACCGGCUUUCCUCGUUGACUGGGUCAUGCAUCCCAUGAUAGUCGAGGAGAGGCUCGCAUAUACUACAACCUUCACAACAGGAAGAUAUGUCGUGUGUGAUGUCAAGUGCAGCACUUGCAAUUCGGCUGUGGGGAAGAAGUACUUAGCGCCUAUGGAUCCCACGAACGUCUUCAAGGCCAACAAAUUCCUCAUCGAGCAAGCCGCCUUGUAUGUCCCUGAAUGUUGCCGAAAGUCGGCACAGCGGGGGGUGUACUCACUGAAAGAACAACCUAGUCCAAGCGAUGAGAUCUGUACCCGAUGCCUCGCUAGAACUAGAAGGGCUACCGCUGAAGCAAUUCUUCGGAUCACUGCUGACUUUGCAAUUCCUCGUGUUGGUCUGUUGUAUGAUGUGAUGCAAGAGCAGGCUUCAGCGUGGUCUGGGGCUUCUUGGUCAUUGGUCAAGCCAAUAGCAGUUGUCCGUAGUCACAGUGAAGGCUUCCUCAAACGCGCGUUACGAUUCGUCAUUGGUGACCGCCCUGGCAAAAGCUCCUCCUCAGCGACGGUGCCACUAGUGAGCGAGAAUGAUUGUGGAAAGAAUACGAGGUAUAAAGAGAAGCUAUCUGGUUGUUUGGCAAGAAUGCUGGUUUGGGUGGUCACUGCUGAGGACUCGACGUGUGAGAGACGUAACACACUGCAGAUGCUGCUCGACGAUGGCAUUGUUGAGGCCAUUUCGAAGGUCACCAGCUCUGCUAAACCUGGUCGUAUUCUAGAGCAAGCCGCAUGGUAUGAUAAACUCAUCAUCCUCGAGGGCCUCAUUCGUGGCAUUUCUCUGUCGCCCGUUCAUAGAGGGGACGCUCUGUCUGUGCGCCAAGCGAGGUCCCUGGUGUAUGAAGUCCGACGGAAGUGGAUUGACUCGCCCGGGACCAUUGCCGCCCCGUUGGACUCGGCUCAACUACGCCGCAUGCCUACAGUGACAGAGGUUCACCGUGAGGAAGAGUCCAGGAUUCUCAUGACAAUAGAGCGACUUCGUCGAAGCAAUCCUUUGGCACACCUUCGCAGGUCGAGAAGCGUCGGAGCUGGUGACAAGAACAUGGAGCGAAGGUUAUCAUUGCUGGUCACAGCGGUUGCCAAUGUGACUGAGGACGUUAAUGAAAGAGAUGAUAGAUCCCGACUUCGAAUAAAAAAUGAACUUGGUGCUAUCCUCGGCCUUCCUGCAGAGAAUUUGCAGUCGAGGAGCUCAAGUGUUGACAUGUGGCCUCCCGAAAACACGGGAUUCUGUGGCCCAAGGUUGUUCAGCAGACAUUAGUUCUGUGGUCAAGUAUGGAGGGAGGCAUUCCUCAAGUUUGACAUUUCCAACGAGAUCGUUGACUUAGAGCCUCGCGAUAGCAUUACUAUGAUUAAGUUUGAUUGUGAUGAUAAGAAGUAAUUAUGAUAAAGUUCUGAGCAGUUCUGUGUCGCAGAUUCAUUUCGGCAGUAGUCAUGCUCGAUGCGUCAAC